AUGGAUGGCAAAGCUCCUCCUAUACGUUAUCGGUCGAGGUACUCAAAUGCGCUACUUGCAUGUGCUACACUUUUGCAAGAAGAUAAGUCAUCAAGUUUAACAAAAGCAAAGAAUGUUCUUGAAGUGGCACUAUGGGGAGGUGAAACGUGCCGAGGAGAUACGGAAGCUCGAGUAUGGUUGGAUGUAGCUAGAGCGGAAUGUGUGGAUUCUUUGCUCCGACAACUCGUCUGUGAACCCGGAUGCCGUCUAGGAGCUCGCGAACGCUAUCAUGUUGAGUUUCUCCUUGGUGCUACACCUCGAUCUAUUGUCGAGAGCCAAGCUGCCAUCGUUGCGGCUAAAACGCGGUAAUC